CUUAGUUGGGAGAAGAGUAUCUACUUCUUGAACGCACCUGUGCCAUCCAUUAGUCAGACUGUGACAACCACUUGUUCAAGGAGAACAGCAACAUAUUUUUUUACUUCGUGUUCUUCUGAGAUCCAAAAUUACAGCAAUGGACAAUCGAAGCAGAGUUGUGUUCGCAGUCGUCAUGGUAAUGGCGUGCAUGGGAAUGAGAGCUGAGGCACAGAUCCCCACAACAGCUCCAAAUACAACAAAUACAACUCUUUCACUAAACAUCUCAAGGGCAAAUUGUGGAACCUCACAGUUCUGUGCUGCUCAGCCAGCAGGCUGUGACCCAUCUGUGUCUGGAUCCUGUUUCUUCGUCUCAACCAGUUUAAUCUCGGGACAGAACAUUUCCUUCCAGCUUCAAGGACAAUCCAGUGGCUACGUCGCUGUAGGGUUGUCCAGAACCAAUACAACGGGACAAAAUGACUCUGUCUAUGUGUGUGCUAACAUCAACAACAACGUUAAUUUCUCUUCCAAUCUUUACAACAACGGAACUCUGACUCCGAACAACACGCUGCCCUCUAACCUGGUGACUGGCUCAGUCAGUGGUCAGACCAUCCAGUGCAUGUUCUCUGCUACAGUCCCCGAUGCUACUUCCACCAAGAGCAGCAGUACCUCCUUUUUCAUUUCCAUCUACAACGGGACCGUGUCUAAUGGGGUGCUAGGUAGUCCUAAUGCUAUAUUUACAAGCACUGAAGCCGUGGACCUGUCCAAACCCAAUGCGAACAACAGCAACAGUUCUACAACAGCCUCACCAACCACCACAGCUAACCACGCUUUUUGUCUACAACGCACCCUGUCUCAAGCUCUGCUGAUCCUGCUUGGUGGACUAGUUUUCAUCAUGCUGUAAUGUGGAUCUCAGUAGUACACCACUUCACAUUCAGGAAUCCUGGACCUCUAUGGUUACUGAAGCCAACCAGGCUGGGUUCCCAAGAAUGAAACUCCUUCUGAGCAUGGGUAGUAAGACAUUAUCCAACAGAAUGAAUUCAGUAAUAUAAGAUUAAUGUUGUGUUUAUAGUCAAGGCCUUUUAAGGUACUUUUCAUCAUUAUUUAACCUCAUCAUCUUCGGCAUUACAACAUCAACAUCUCUUCAAUUCAGUGCCUGCAUAACAUAAAAAACUGUUGUGUUGAUGUUGUGUUGAGAACAUGAAUAUGAGGUAUAGACCUAAGACAUCCAACAAACAAGUUAUUUAUUUGAGCCCAGUCAUUUUCAUAUUCAUCGUAGCUGAUGUCAAGUUAUGUUGAAUGUCUUAGGUGUAUACCUAAGGAUGACAAGUAUGAAUUUGUGUGUGUGUAUGUGUGAAGUGUAACUAUUCGCUUACACAUUUGUGUCUAAUGAAGCCAAAAGUUGGCAGAAGCUGAUACUUGUGUGUGUAAUUCUGUUUGUGUGUCUGAUAAAGUACCAACAUUUUUUCUUUCUGA